AAGUCUGGGCAUCGUGGUUGCAGGGGUGGCGGCGGAGAGAGAUAGAGCGUUUCGUGUUGUGUCCCCGACCCGACUCUGAAUGCCUGUGCCAAGGGAAUCCCAACUUCCGCUCUGCCUCCCACGCUUCUCAUGCUCCAUUCCUUCCACCAUUCUUUAAAGCUGCCGUUUCCCCGAUUUGAUCGCUAACGCUAGCACUGAAGCACCAUGUCACAGAACCUGAGUAUUCUCGGAGAUCGGCAGACAGGCCAAGAUGUCCGCACGCAGAAUGUUAUGGCUUGUCAAGCCAUUGCCAACAUUGUUAAAACCUCAUUGGGACCUGUUGGUUUGGACAAGAUGUUAGUGGAUGAUAUAGGUGAUGUGACUAUAACAAAUGACGGAGCCACCAUUUUAAAAAUGCUUGAAGUGGAGCAUCCUGCCUCGAAGGUGCUGGUAGAAUUAGCCGAGCUGCAGGAUCGAGAAGUCGGAGAUGGUACAACAUCUGUUGUUAUUAUUGCUUCGGAGCUUCUUAAGAGAGCAAAUGAUUUGGUUAGGAUAAAGAUUCAUCCGACUUCUAUUAUCAGUGGUUAUCGACUCGCCAUGCGUGAGGCUUGCAAGUAUAUUGAGGAGAAGCUUGCUACUAAGGUUGAAAAACUGGGAAAUGAUACUUUGAUCAACUGCGCAAAGACGAGCAUGUCCUCUAAGAUCAUUGGUCCUGAAUCUGACUUCUUUGCCAAAAUGGUGGUUGAUGCAGUACAAGCUGUGAAGACUGUUUCUGACAGGGGCGACGUUAGAUACCCCAUUAAGUCUAUCAACAUUCUAAAGGCUCAUGGACAGAGUGCCAGAGAGAGUUAUCUUCUCAAUGGUUAUGCUUUGCCGAUAGGAAGAGCUGCUCAGGGUAUGCCUAGGCGAGUGGCACCAGCUCGGAUUGCAUGCUUAGAUGUCAACUUGCAGAAGACUAAAAUGCAGAUGGGGGUACAGGUUCUUGUUACAGAUCCGAGGGAGCUUGAAAAGAUCCGUCAAAGGGAAGCAGACAUUACUAAAGAGCGAAUUGAGAAAAUUCUCAAGGCAGGGGCUAAUGUGAUUCUUACUACGAAGGGCAUUGAUGAUAUGUCUUUAAAGUAUUUCGUGGAAGCCAAUGCCAUAGCAUUGCGGCGCGUGAGCAAGGAAGCUAUGCGUCACAUAGCCAAGGCCACUGGUGCCACUCAGGUUCUGACCUUUGCUGACAUGGAAGGGGGUGAGACUUUCGACUCUUCUCUACUAGGAAAUGCUGAGGAAGUCGUGGAGGAGCGGGUGUCUGAUGACGAUGUCAUUCUUAUCAAGGGUGCGAAGAGCUCAAGAGUGGUUUCGAUCGUGUUGAGAGGAGCCAAUGACUACAUGUUAGAUGAGAUGGAACGCUCUAUUCAUGACUCAUUGAGCAUUGUGAAACGUGCACUGGAAUCAAACACUUUGGUGGCGGGAGGGGGAGCUGUGGAGGCUGCUCUAUCAGUGUACUUGGAGAAUCUGGCAACCACCCUGGGGUCACGGGAGCAACUUGCCAUAGCCGAAUUCGCUGAGGCCCUUCUCAUCAUCCCCAAGGUUCUGGCAGUAAAUGCAGCAAAGGAUUCGACAGAAUUGGUCGCCAAACUUCGGGCAUAUCACCACAGCGCCCAAACAAAGUCUGAAAAGCAACACCUUGCAGGGACUGGUUUGGACUUGGUCAAAGGAGUUGUUAGGAACAACAUCGAAGCUGGUGUGCUUGAGCCAGCUAUGAGUAAAAUUAAAAUCAUUCAGUUUGCAACUGAAGCUGCAAUUACAAUCCUACGAAUUGAUGACAUGAUCAAACUGUUCAAGGAGGAAGAUGGUGAUCGGUGACAUCACUUUCGCAGAAGGACACUGAAUCAAUUCUAUUAUCAAACGGGACAGCUCACUGACGAAUCUUCAAGUUCGGCAAUUUAACUUUCAUCCUACUUUUUUCACCAUGUGGGAUUUCGAUGUUCUACAACCCACGCAGAGUACCUGUGUUCAUUAACUUUUCUUCAUACUCCAAUUUUACCUUACCCGGACGGGUUUUCAAGGUGAUGGGUAGUCUGCUGAGAUAUUAAAGUUGGCAUCACAUCAUGGGUGCACAGUUACAAUUACAUCGAAUGAUAGUCAGAUGUUGCACAUCCUGAUUUAGUUUUUCUUUUCCUUUGGAAAGUGCCAUGAUAUAAAUUAUUUAUGACUUUAUUGAUGUAGAAAAGCAAUUCGGUAUCGAAGAAAGUGAAGUUUUGACUCGCAUAAAAUUAUAACGUUUUUUUCAUCAUUUUA